UUUGUUUCUUCCUCUUCCUCUCAGCCUGUAUCUCUAUUUUCGACCUCACAAGGCAAGUCUGUCAUUUUUUUGUGUGCAUUAAUAAAAGAAAAAUGUUGAGAAAGAGGCUGUAACUGGGGAUAUGAGGCGCAAGUUUUCUAUUGCUCCCAAACCCCUUGAAAUAAAAACUACAAGCCAGUCCUUCAUAUUUAGUAGUUUGCUUUGGAUUUCCUGUAAAGGUUAAUAAAAUAGGGUAAGACUAGGUAGGUGAACCCUUUAACAGCACAUAAGCUUUAGGUGCAGUUUUGAGCAUUUCUUAAAAAUUAGAAUUUAGAGCAGACAGAAUUGUGGCUCAUAACACAACCCAGUGCAGGAUGCAUUUAACCUACUGAUUUGCAGUUAUGUCACUGGUUUGGAGAGAUAGUAGAUUUGGAAAAAACAGUAUAAAAGUGUGCUUCCACUGAACUACUAAUACACUAACUUAGCUAGAGUACUUUAGUGUGAAUUUAUCUGAGAUUUGUCCCAAGAGCGAGGCUGGUUCCAAAAUGCCUAGGAACACUGAACAAGUCAGUUGACUUUUUGGCAAGCAAGGCUUGUUUUCCUAGAGAUUAAGCUGUGGCUUUGUGGGGUUGUUUGUUUGUUUAAUCUGCCAGCCAGUGAAGAAGGGAAUCGAGUGUGAUAGCUGUAUGUUUGCGGGGGUAGCACUAUCAAGAAUCUGUAAGAGAGAGCACUAUGUGCUCUGUCGAGUCGCACUAGUAAUAAGCACAGUUUCAUUUGUCUGGUGUACUCAAUCUAAAAUAUAGGUCAAUGGAAAAUCCUUAUUUUAAAAAAAGGUAAUUAAACUCACUAGAUAGGUCUGAGAAGCCCUGUGCAAACAGAUUACUGUCCCAGCUGGAAUUCUCUAGAUGCAAAGUCUGGAUGCUGGUUUGGUAGGAAGACUUUGACCUUUUUUUUUUUUUAAAGAUUUUAUUUAUUUGACAGAGAGAUAGUGAGAGCAGGAACACAAGCAGGGGGAGUUGGAGAGGGAGAAGCAGGCUUCCCGCUGAGCAGGGGAGCCCGAUGCGGGGCUCGAUCCCAGGACCCUGGGAUCAUGACCUGAGCCGAAGGCAGACGCUUAACAACUGAGCCACCCAGGGGCGGGCCCCAAGACUUUGACCUUAUAAGAAUAAAAACAUAAUGGGAUAAAGUGAAUGUAGCAUAUUUCUUAUGAAACAUGGUAGAUAAUUUGUUGCUUUUAAAUCAGACUGAUAAUAUUAGGUCCCCCAGCCCCUUUGUAAUGUGUCUUGGGUGAAUUUGGGUAACUUGUGGGUCAAAUCAUGACCUUUGAAAUUAAGUGUUUGCAUUAAAAGAUAGAUAUUUUGUGAAUAUUAGAAAAAUAAUUCAAACCUAUAAAGUGACUUGACAUCUGAAAUCCAACCAGAUUGAUUUUUUAAAGAGUUUUUUUCCUUAUGAGCAAUUUAAUAAUUUAGGCAAGUAGGUAUUACAUGUAAUCUACUCUGGAAGAUAAACUGGUAAAAAUAGCAUAAUGUAGAUAGAACAAAUCAUUACAUUUUCUCUUGUAAAUAUUUUAGAUCUUUUAAAAUACAAUUCUUCAAGGUUAGAACUUUCAGCCACUUUUUUCAUACAGAAGGGGAAUAAUCGAUAUCCUAAAUAGUGUAACAAUGCAAGCCAAAUACAACAUAACUAAUGUAUGGAAUGUCGACAAGAUAACUGUUAUAGCUUAAAAAACUAUUUCAUUCCUAUUGGGAAAAAUUACACAUACAUUCAAAUAGAAUAGAGGUAAAUAAGGAUUUUGCUAAUUAAAAACCAAUGUUUAAGUAGGCUUCAGCGUCACAGUGAGUAUGAAAGUUUGUAAAAGAAAAUAGAUUUGCCAUUUUUUCCUUUUUGCUUAAAAAGAGUUAUUUAGAGCAGUGCAGAUUCAGGAUAAUGUUAUUGUUAAAAGAGUAUUAUAAAGAGGCAGUUAAAAAAGCCAUAUCCCUGAAGGUGUUCCAGUCUAGCCUCUAUUACUACUAGCAUUUUUCUCCUGCAAAAAAACACGUAAUGGAAAAGUAACCCAGUUGGUACUCUACUUCAUUGGCAGGUCUAGAGAUCAAUCUGUUGUUUGAGGAAACACCUUGGCAAGUGAUUAGGUGCAUUCUAGAGUAGCCAAGAAUGGUAGCUUCUAGUAUGCCUUAUAAAAAUAAGGAAAGAGGAUGUUGGUGUCCUUGUUUAACUGGAUUAACCCCUUGGGGAGAAUUGCUGGGACCAGUCUGGCCCAAUGCAGGGCUUUCAGAGUGCCACCACCAAGAAGAACCUUGAGUCCAUCACUGGCAUUAACCCAACUAACUCCUCUGUCUCUGGCUUCCAUACUCUUAGCCACUUAUUUAGCCUUGGAGAAUUAGCCUUACUUUUAUAUAUCUAAGCAAUAUAGCAAUUAUUAAAUAGGACAUUUUUAUAUUUGAGAAUGACCUCUUCAAUCCUGAGAUAGUUAUUAUUGGUCUUCAGGGAGAUGAAUACACAAAAAACUGCCAUUAAUUUGCACUGAAUAAAGGAAGGGCAGUUAAAUUUUUCAAAAGAAAAUUAAUGUAAUAUUUAUUAAAUUGUACUACUUUGAAGUAGACAGCUAUUUAAGUUAGCAAAGCAAACUUUUUGACAGCUAUUAAAUAUAUUUGUAAUGACAAUAUUAAUAGAAUAAUCGAUUUCUUUUUAAAUAAAUUGUAUUCCUGAGUAGGUCCUUUGUAGUCUUUUCUUAUUGAUUCCUUCUUUCUUAUCAAGCAGAAUUUAAUUUCAGCCUAAUCCCUAAGUGUUUCAAAAUAGGGGAAUAAAUUUUAAUGGCGUUUUCCUGUAAUGUAAAAUAAAGAUAUUAACAGAGGUAUACAUGUAGGAUGUGGCUCGUUUUUAUUGAGCUUUUACUGUGUUCAGUACUUUAUGUGAAUUGUUUCAAUACGCACAGCCAGUUUUAUGGAGGAAAGGUACUAGCUCAUUUACCAGUUGACACAGGUUUAAAAUGGUGCAAUAACUUGCUCAAGAUCACAGAGUGAAUAAGUGACAGAUGUAGGACUCCAAAGCCCAUACUCAUAAACACUGCCCAUGAUAAAGUAUAUUAGUUGUAUUUUAGUGUUUGCAGAUAUUUUUAGAGAUGUCAUUUUGAGGUUAAUGUUACAAUCAUAAGAGCAGGGGAAGAGGCAGAAAUUCUAUUUUAACCAUAUUACUGCUGUUAGUGAUGUAAAUUUAGUAUCAUCAGGGGGCUCUGCUCCCUCCAUGAGCACAAAAUCAAACUGAAAUUUGGUUUCUACUUUUGAAACCUUUGAAAAGAGUGGAGGCUGAAAAAUACGCUGAUUUUCUUUAGAAAGCAUGGAAGAAAAGUAGGUAAAAAUAAGAUGGGAAAGAGAGGAACCUGAAGAACUGGAAGCACCUUUGCAGUAAUGAACAUUUGCAUUCAAUUUGAGUAAUGCAGUAGGCAUCUGGAAUAGGAAGUUAGUUAAACACUGGACUUUGGGGCAGGCAUUUGAGGGAAAAAUUUGCCAGUUACAGCCUUUUUUUUAACAAGAGCAAAACAUUUUUCUUUGUACAGAAGAGACUUUUUGUUUAGGAUUAGCUUGGCUGCAAAGUGUCUGCUGGCUAACUUCCUAUUUCGAUGCUGUGGCUGAAAGUUGCUGAUACUGUUUUGCACGAGAAUUUGUCUUUCCUUCCUGUUUUGUGAACAUAAGAAAAUUCAAGUGUAGGAAAACCUAUACCUGAAUAUUUCAAGCCUCCCUUGUAUGAAUAAGCAUAGUAUUUCUUUGCUGAUGUGUAUGGUUUUUCCAUGUUACAGCUAUCCUUUUAAUUAAAAGUAAUGAAUUUCCUUAGUGAGGAGGGUUGGAAAGUAACCAAAUGGUAUCUAAAACAGGAUUCUAAGCUAUUCACUCUUUUUAGGAAGUACUCUGAUAAUAGGAUAUAAUAUUCAUUAUUAAUUACUUAUUUCUAGAUCACAUUGUUUUCAGUAAUUAAGUUACCAACACCUGAAUAAAAAUAUUAAGUCUUUUUUGAAAAGGCAGUUUGGGGGACAAGAAACAAAGUAAAGAGAAAUUAUUUUGAAGGAUAGAGUAAACAAUAUUUGAAGAGAUUUUUUUCAAUUCGAGUGUAUUUACUUGAUGUGAACACAGUAUUCACUUGGAAGUUGAUUUUUCAUGUCAUUUUUAACUCCCCACCUUGUUCUGAGAUAUAAAAUACUGCAGGCAAGGAAGAGGGAAAAUUCUUCCUGAAUUCCCACACCUUAUUCUCCAAUCAAACGGAGCUUUUGCCUUAUUCCAAUCAAAAUUUCGAGUUACUAUACUUCAAACUUAGCAGAUAGAAGUAUUUGAAGCAUGCACAAAAGGACCACCCAUGCCCUACUAAACUGUAAGCUGUGCUUCUGGACAAGGACAGGGGCAAGAGUGAGAGUGAAAAGCGUCAGGUUCAUCUCCUGUGGGAUUUUUACAAGACUAGAGUUCUGAAGUACAGCUCAAUUUUUCUACCUUUCUAAAAUUCAUAAAGUUCUGGUUUUCAAACCAGGUUCAUUACCUAGGAAACUUGUAAUGCAGAUUGCAUCCAUUUCAGGAAAUUCUGAGUCAGUAAGGCAGAGAUAAUACAUGAAGUACUAGUAGUUCUAAAGUUUGAAAGGGAGUGUAAAAGACGGCAUCCAAGACUGUUUUUGUGCCAGGUUGUUAUAUUGUUCAGCUAGUUGUACAUUGAACUAAAAUAUACUUUGGCCUUGGUGGUGGUAAAAUGAAACAUUUUGUUCAGAAAAAGUUCUUUUUUCUUUCAACCUUGCCUUCCAUUUUUUUAUGUGUUGGACCGUCUUAAAUGUCUUUACCUACAUAGAAUCCAGUAUGAUUCUUGGAAUGCCAUAGACAUUUGUUUUGUAAUAACUGAUUCAGAAGUUGCAUCACCCAAAUUUUUGAAAUAGAUAAAAGCUCUUUAAAUUACUUUUAUUUGAGAAUGGUAGGAGGGAAAAGUGUCUAAAACUCUGAAUGAGGAUUUAUAUACUCUCCCCUAUCAAAAAAGCAUAUGAUCUGGAGUCUCUGUGUCAGGAGAUUUUUUUUUUUUUUUUUUUUUUUUUUGAGAAUGUGGUGUCUGGGGACAUUUACUGAGGAUUUACUAAGUGCCAGAUAGUGCUCUAAGAACUUUUCACCUAUUAACUCAUUUAAUCCUCACAGCAAUUCUCAAGUUAGGUGCUUUAGUAUCACCGUUUUUUAGAUGAGAUUAAUCAACUUGCCAAGGCCACACGAUUAGUAAGUGUGAUCAAAUGAUUUUGCAUCUUUUAAUAGAAAUUUUUGGUCUGGGAGCGGUCUAGAAAUUUAGACUGCCAACUUAAUUUCCUAGUCUUAUUUCGGAUAGUACACUUAAGUGGAGACUUAUAAGUAUUUAGACCUUAGGAAGAUACGGGUAAGCAAACAGCUCAGUACUGGAUAAAUUUGGGAACAUUCUCAUGAUUAUUAUGGGGUUAUGACAUUUUUCACCUCUACCAUAUAUAAUUCCCUUUUUUUUUUUUUUAAAGAUUUUAUUUAUUUGACAGAGAGAGACAUAGUGAGAGAGGGAACCACAAGCAAGGGGGGGUGGGAGAGGGAGAAGCAGGCUUCCCGCGGAGCAGAGAGCCCGAUGUGGGACUCGAUCCCAGGGCCCUAGGACCAUGACCUGAGCCGAAGGCAGUUGUUUAACAACUGAGCCACCCAGGCGCCCUAUAAUUCCCUUUUUCAACAAACUUAUUAGGUGUAUAGAGCCAUACCAUAUUUUUAAGUAAUUAGAAUUCUUGAAAAUGAAUAUGCACAUUAAAUCCUAUUACAGCAAAUAACUAGAAAAUAUUCAUAAUGAGGGAAUUUUUUGACAGACAUUGGUUUUGAGUAAUGUUGAAAGUCUCUUGUAGUGCAUGUGAACGGUUGGAUCUUUUUUUUUUUUUUUUUUUUUUAAGAUUCUAUUUAUUUAUUCAUGAGAGACAGAGAGAUUGAGAGAGAGGCAGAGGGAGAAGCAGGCUCCCAAGGAGCAGGGAGCCCGAUGCGGGACUCGAUCCCAGGACGCUGGGAUCAUGACCUGAGCCGAAGGCAGACGCUUAACCAUCUGAGCCACCCAGGCGCCCCGGUUGGAUCUUUUGAAAAGGCAAAGGGAAUGGACAUUUUCUGAGAUGUAAGAUGAUCCAGAGUCAUUCUAUCAGGCAGUUUUACAGUGUAUGGUAUUUUAAAAACUAACAACCUUCAAACUCCCUGGCGAUUUCUGCUGUUUUAUAGACUUGGACAACACCAGUGACUAUUAAGUGCCAUACUCACUAAUUGGAAGAGUCUUUGCUUAUGGGAGCUGUUCUAAAAAAGGCUUAGUAGAUUCUGGUCUCGUUCUAUUUAAUGUUUUCAUGCCUUUAUAAACUUUUUACUUCCAGCCCAGUUUUUUCCAUUGUCUCUGUACAAGUCAGCUCUGUCCAAGUUUGUUAGGGUUUCAACUAGCCAAAGAAACUUCCUUUCAUUUGCUGAAAUUCUAAACAUGAUAAUUAAAGUUGAAGCACAGAUGAGGAUGCUUACUUAUUUUGCUACAUGUGGGAAAGCUUGAUUGACAAUGGUGAGAGCUAGUUCCUGUAUCUCACAGUCUCAGAGAAAUUAAUGCAGCAUUGAGCUCUGUUUGCACCCUAGGCUAACCCCCGAGAAAGCACUAUCCAUUCCAUAUAUUGUCACAAAAUUAUUAGGAAAUAUGACUAAAGUUAUUUGUGUGUGCAUAAUAGUGACAUCAUAUUAAAGAGUCUUAAUUAAAGAAUGUUAUAAGUUUUAUUUAUUGCAGGACUUGCUAGUAUUCUGAGAAUAAGAUUUCUAACCUAAUCUUCUGGCUUUACCUCGGAUUAUUAUAUACCUAACUUAAAACUUUUGGAGUAUUAAGAGUUCAAAGAAGAAAGGAGAGAAACAAGGCUUGGAAAACUGACCAGGUUGUGUCCUGACAAAGCAUGUUAGAAUGGUUCCACCAUGCGUUUUCCCCCAGUAAUGUGCACAUUCUUCUAUUAGCAUUCAGGGUAGGUUGCUUUCUUUUUCUUUUCCUUUUUUUUUAAGAUUUUAUUUAUUUGACAGAGAGAUAGAGACCACAAGUAGGCAGAGCAGCAGGCAGAGGGAGAGGGAGAAGCAGACUCUCCACUGAGCAGGGAGCCCGAUGUGGGGCUCAAUCCCAGGACCCCAGGAUCAUGACCUGAGCCGAAGGCAGACGCUUAACCGUCUGAGCCACCCAGGCACCCCAGGUUGCUUUCUUUUUCAUUUCUUCAGGCCCACCACCACCACCACAUCAUCACUUUACUUACUGAUUUUGCUUAUUGUCUGUCUCCUGCUCUGGGUGCAGGUACCCUUAAGCACCACAAACUCAAGGAUCUUUUGUUUUGUUCACCACUGUUAAUCUAGUUUCUAAGGCAGUGUCUGACACAUGACAGGCACUCGAUUAAUAUUUGUGGAAUUAUUAAUUCAUUUUGUCCACUUUUGUCUAUAAGAUGGCUGGUCUAAAUUAUCUGAUAUCUCAGUCUCUAUAAAAUAUACAAGCCAAGCAUUCCCUGUAAGGUGGAGUCAGUUUUGAUCAUGUCAGAGUUCCAUUCAUGUUUGAAGGGAGGGGUUCCCAGUUUUACCUUAAUCCAUAUUUAAUCCAUUGAAUGUUUCAUGGUAGAAACAGUAACCAAUAAGUUCAGUAAUAAUAACAUAGCUCAGAUCAUGGAAUAUUUCUGAUUUAAAUGUAGCCUACAAAUGAACUACUAAAAAUGUAGUUCUUUAAAUUUCAGGGUUUUGAACCUUUUAAUCUAUAAUGCUGAGCUUCAUUUAUAUUGUCUCCUUAAUCUGGUCUUGCUGAGUACUAAAUAACAAUACUAUAUAAUGAUAGAUGCAAACCAUCUUUACUACAUUAGAAAUAAACGUGAAUUGGGGCGCCUGGGUGGCUCAGUUGUUAAGCGUCUGCCUUCUGCUCAGGUCAUGAUCUCAGGGUCCUGGGAUCGAGCCCCGCAUCGGGCUCCCUGCUCAGCGGGAAGCCUGCUUCUCCCUCUCCCACUCCCCCUGCUUGUGUUCCCUCUCUCGCUAUGUCUCUCUCUGUCAAAUAAAUGGAUAUAAUCUUUAAAAAAAAAAAAGUAAAUGUGAAUUACAGCUUGCUUCAAGUAUUUUCUGUCCCACUAGUACAGUUUGUACCACCAAACUGUGUUUUUCCUCAAUUUACAAAAACUUUUUCCCCCAAUACCCAGAUAACAGUUAAACUGUUCUAAAGGUCAUAUCCUAUUACAUGAAAUUUCAGUCAUGUGUUGAAAUAGAGGAACUUUAUCUGGCAUUUGGAAACAUUUUUAUAAUAGUUAAAUUUUAUUUUUUGGAGUAAGAUAUUUAGUUUUUAUUUCUUUUCAGUCUUAUGAAAUGAUUUUGAAUAAAGUCACAAUUUUGCUUCUAUUAUUCAGCUUCUCACAUGAAAAAGAAUAUAAGCUGAAUAAAAGUAAUCCCAAAGGUUUUUCUCUUUCAUAAAUUCACACUCAUUCACACUCAAGGCAGUGCUGUCCUGAGCCUGCUUAGGUCUCACCUGGCCAAACAGUCUUUGAUUCACUCAUUUGGAACGAUUUAUUUAAGACUUACUUUGUUCUAACUCCAGAGAUAACAACAAUGUGCAAGAGAGACAGCACUUACCUUGGGACAGUUGUUUUGAUCUUUUCUUCUGGAAAAACUUGCUAGAUUGGAAAGUUGGAAAACAAUAUGAUAAAUCACUGGCUGUUGUAGUAUUAAUAACUAAUAAGAUUUAAUUAAUGUAUUACUUUUAGAAGGAUAUUUUCUCUUUUAAAAGGGUUUCUGGCGUUAACUCUUCUUAACCACAGAACAAACCUUACCAGUUUGCACAGUUCAAUGUUGGUUAAAUUGGCAAGUUGGUGCAAGAGAUUUUGGAGCAGGCCAACCAUUUCAUACUCUUUAGUUUAAAAUGAGGCCGUCUGUACCUGAGACCAAUCUUCCCUGUGGAUAGAAUAGAAUAAUUCUAGUCUGAUUCUUAGGCUCAGGAGGGAUCCACUGUAUCUCCUAAGAAUCAAAAAGAACUGUGGUCACUUUUUUUUUUCUUCUCAAACUGUCAGACUAUAACAGUGGAUUUGUAGAAACUCUGUGUACUGAAUUAUGCAGCUUACAGAUAAGAACAUAUCAGUACUUCAUAAUAUUGAGUUAUGUAUGGAUUACAUUGAAUAGCUCUACCAGGAAAAAAAAAAAAGGAAAAAAAAUUUCCCCAGAUUUCCCAAUCUCAUUAUACUUCUUUAUGCUCUACUUUUACAAUGGAAAAAGUAGACUGAAAAGUAUUUGUCAUGAAAAUUUUUUGUCAUCUGCAAUUUGUAGCAUGAUACAGCUUUUCUGUUUCACUCUUGGCACUUUUAUGCAUGUUUUAUAGGUUAAUUGUUGAUCAUUGUUUUGUUACAUAUUUACGUGUGUGUAUGUAUAUAUAUACAUCCUGUGUGUGUGUGUCUAUAUAUAUAUAUAUGUAACUUGCAAAAUGAAAAGCAUGCUGCUUGGCCUGACUAGCUAAUGUGUGAUUGUACCUGGUAAACAAACUUUUUUCUUUCAAAUUCUGACUAUAGAGGGAUUGAGCUCUCUUUGCUCUGAUGAGCCACCUUCAGAAAUUAUGACUUCCUCCCUUUUUUCGUCUUCUGAAAUGCAUAACACUGACCUUACAGUACUACAUGGAGAAAAAAGCAAAGUGUUAGGCAGCCAGCCUAUUUUAGCCAAAGGAGGAAAAGACUGUUUGGAUCUACUAGAUGUGAAAAAGAUGGAAAAGCUUCAAGGGACUAGUAAAGACAUAGCAUACUCCCCAGUUUCUGUUGCAGAAGGAGUUCAGUGUAACCGUCCUUCCAUUCCGGUCAGUUUCCCUGAUCGUCCUGCUUUUCUCUCAAAGGAAGUUGGUCUAAUGGAACAGCAAAUAAAUAAAAAUCAGGAGUCCAGGAACCCAAAUGAGGUACCAGGUACGGGUGAUGAAACUGGCUUGGAUGUUGAUGACAAGUUCACUUUGCUAAAAGCCCAGAAACCACUCGCCCAGCAGCCUAAGGCAGAAGGCAUUUGUACAUAUUCCUUAUCCCCAUCUGAAGUUUCAGGAGGUGGUAUUAUUGAAAAGGAUUCCCCUGAGUCACCAUUUGAAGUAAUUAUUGACAAAGAAGCAUUUGACAAAGAAUUUAAAGAUGCCUGUAAGGAGAGCACAAAUGAUUUUGGUAGGUGGGCAGUGCACAUUGAUAGAGAAUCAUCUGCAGACAUUUUGGAGUCUAGUGACAAACUAUUUCCACUGAGAAGUAAAGAGGCAGGGCGUUACCCAACCUCUGCAUUGCUCACUAGACAGUUUUCGCACACAACUGCAGCAUUGGAAGAAGUGUCUAGAUGUGUGAAUGAUAUGCAUAACUUUACUAAUGAAAUACUGACUUGGGAUUUGGUUCCCCAAGUGAAAGAAGAGAGCAGUAAAUCUGACUACAUCACAAAAACUACAGGACUUGAUAUGAGUGAAUAUAAUUCAGAAAUCCCAAUUGUAAAUCUUAAGACUAACGCUCACCAGAAAUUUCCUGUAUGUUCUAUUAGUGGGAGCACUCCCAUCAUUAAAUCAGCAGGUGAUUGGGCACAGGCAUCUCUCCCACGAGAAAAUGCUGUCACGGAAAAACCUAUGCCAGACGGUCUCCAUUCCACGAAGGAAAUCAGUAUCAAAGGUGUGGGAGGCAAUGUGCAGAAACAAGAUAACACACUUUCAGAGUUACCUGGAUCUCCUUUUGAGAAAAGUCUCUCUUUGGGUUCUGGAGUGGCUAAUGUGAAAGUGGUCUUACCUGAUGGCCAUGUGAAAGGUGAAAUGAAUUGGCAGAGCUCUGUGUUAGGAGAAGCCACAGAGGCUGAUAGUUCUGGUGAAUCUGAUGACACAGUAAUAGAGGACAUUACAACCAGUAUUUCAUUUGAAAGUAACAAAAUUCAGGCUGAAAAACCUGUUUCCAUUCCAAGUGCUAUUGUAAAAAGAGAUGAAAGAGAAAUCGAAGAGAUUUUCAAUUGCAAUAGGGAAAAUAAAACAUGUGAAAACUUUGAAGGGCCAGUCAGUGGCUCUGAGGCAGUGCAAGUUCAGCCUGAUAUUCUUGAAAGGAGUCCAGCUGGUGAGGCAGCGUGUUCACAAGUACCUGAUCUGAAUGGCACGUCAGAAGAGGUGGAGCAGUCGGGUAGUAUGAGUGAAGUUGAUCCUGAAAAGCCUGUUGCAACCGAGAACCGCAAACAUCCCUCAGCUCUGUCUCCAAGUGUUCUUCCAGAGACAGAAUUCUCACUAAAUGUGACAACCUCUGCCUAUUUGGAGUCAUUACAUGAAAAAAGUGUUAAAGGUGCAGAUGAUUCUUCCCCAGGGGACCUGAUAGCAGCCUUUACAGAAACCAGAGAGGAAGGAAUUGUAGAUAAAGAUGCAGGAAAUGCCUUUCAGGCAACAUCAGAGAAGACUGCAGACUUUAAAACAACUCUUGCUGUGGAAAUCUUGCAUGAAAAUGAAUCAGGUGGUUCUGAAAUUAAAGAUAGAAAAAGCAAACACACUGAACAAAGCAAAGAAACUAAUGAAAGUACGGUUCUGGAUGUUUUCCCUGCCCAGGGUACUCCAGCAGCAUCUCUUGACUUAGAACAGGAACAGCUCACAAUCAAAGCACUUAAGGAACUGAGUGAAAGGAAGGUUGAGAAGUCAGCUUCUGUACUGGAUAAUGUAGAAUCUUCUCCUGAAGAAAUACUCAAGCAGACUUUCACAUGUGAUCCAGAAUCUUCUUGGCUUCAGAGAUCGUAUGAUGUCCUAGAACACACAGAAGUUAAUACUGGAUCUGAUCUUGGGAUUUCUAAGAAGCCCACAAUUAGCAAAGAAACUCCUAGGGUAGAUACUAUUUCGAGCCUUAGUAAGACUGAAGUGGUAAACAAGCAAGCCCUAGCAAGACUUCUCACAAACUUCUCAGUAUGGUCAAGUAAGCUUUGCUGGAACUGACCUUUCUUGCAUAUAACUAUAUAUUCUGGACAAAAUUGGAAGAAAAAAAGAACUGAAGAUACUGGAAAAUGAACAAUUAGACAGAUUCUGAAAAGGAGCUGACACUUUUAGAAGAGACAGCAUGGAAUGUGUUUUCCAUUUUAACUGCUUUUAGCCAGAUGACAGGCUGAGUUGGCACUUGGCAGGUUGGCUAAAACUUUCAUAGAAAACUUGUAAGAGGACAAAAUUUGGGUCAGCCACAGCCGAUUCAACCACUGGAAAGGGUUGGAGGAGUCCUGGAAAGGAGAAAUCCAGAGAGUGAGAACUUAAAAUUCUGUGUACGUACUCUCUAUAUACACCUCUGUUUAAUCCUUGAACUACACACAUGCAUAGAAGACGACAAGCAGCUCAGCUAAAGAGAAAAGAAGUGAACUGAGAUGUUGCCCAAGAGACAAGAGUUCACAGUUUGGAUCCAGCCAAAUUUAACUGCAUACUGAAACAAAUAUUUAUUAGCACUCUCCAGAGGAAUAUAACAGAGUCCAGAGUCCGUUAUGUACAACAUAAUAUUCACGGUGUCCAAGAUACAAUGCAAAACCGCACAUUUUAAAAACCAGGAAGAUAUGACCCAAACUGAAGAAAAAAGACAACCAACAGAAACAACUUCAUUUGUUAGAAUUGGGAAACGGGUUUUAAGGCAGCUAUUAUAAUGAAAUAAAGGAAAAUACACUUGAAUGAAAAGAACGGAAAUCUCAAUUGAGAAACAGCAACAAAAAAGAGCCAAGUGGAAAUUCUAGAACUGUAAAGUACAGCAGCUGAAAUUAAAAUUCACCAAGUGGACUUAAUAGCAAAAUGGAGAUCACAAAGGGAAGAGUCACUGAACUCGUUGAUAGAUGAACAGAAAAUUAUCCAUCCUGAAGAACAGAAAGAAAAAUAUAUUACUGAACCUCAGGGACCUUUGGGACAUUAUUAUAAGAUCUAAGUCAUGUAAUUGGAAGUUUCAGAAGGAGAGGAAAAUGAGAGGCAGAAGAAUAUAUUUGAAGAUAAAAUAGUAAAAUUUCUCAGCAAAAUACAUUUGCUGACUAAAGAAGCUUAGUGACACCUAUUAGGAUAAGGACAAAGAAAAAACAUACCUUGGUACAUGUGUCAGGGGUCCCCAAGACAGAAGGACUCAGGAUUCAGAAACUGUUAGAGUUACCAAUUUAUUGCAACAAAAGGACACAUUAGAAUUGGCAAAGGGGAAAGGCACAUGGGAUAAAGUCCAGGAGAAACCAGGUCCAAGCUUCCAGGUGUCCAGUGGAGUCACACAAGGAUGCCCUUAAUUUUCCUAUCAGUGAUGUGACAGCAUGUGCAGUGUUGCCAACAAGGAAAGCUCACUCAGUGUUUGGUGUCCAGAACGCCUUGCAGUGCCCACAUGACUGAUCUCGGCUACUCAGACCCCCCGGAGCAAAAACAGAUGUUUGUCAUAAAUCAUAUUGUUAGGGCAAGGUUACCUGAUCGCAUUGGUGCAGCAUGGCUCAAGUCCUCAGGCAUGCAAAAACACUUCUCAGCCAGAAUAUUUCAGGGGCUCAGAGUUCAUCUCCGAGGAGCCAGCCAAGGUCCAGUCCUAAAGACAGACCUUUUUUUGGCCUGUGCAGGGUUUGAGCAUUUAAGGCCUAUUGAGUUAACCCUUUCCUACACAGUAUUAUAGUUAAAUUACUGAAGCCAAAGAUAAGGAGAAAAUAUGAAAAGUAGCUAGAGAACCAUGACACAUAAAAGGGAAUGACCAUUAUAAUUAGAGCUAGCUUCUUACUGGAAACCACAAUGCCAGAAGACAGUGAAAUAACAUCUUAUAAAGUGCCAAACGGGGAAAAAAGUCAUUGAACAGAUUUCUUUGUUGGACAAAAAUACCCUGCAAGAAUGAAGGCAAAAUAAAGACAUUAUUAGAUGAAAGAAAAUUAAGAAUUUGUCACUAGAAGAUCUGCACUAUAUGAAACACUAAAGGAAGUUCUAAAGAUUAAAGGGAAUUGAUACCAGAUAGAAACUCAGACCUUCCGGAAGGAAGAGCAUUAGAAAUGCUAAAUAUCUGAAACAAUAUUAAAGAUUUAUUUAUUCAGGGUGCCUGUCUGGCUCAGUCCUUAGAAUAUAUGACUCUUGAUCUUGGGGUUGUGAGUUCAAGCCCACAUUGGGUGUAGAGCUUACUGGGGGGCAGGGAGUGCGUGCUGGGUGGCUCAGUGGGUUAAGCUCCUGACUCCUGGUUUCCGCUCAGGUCAUGAUCUCAGGGUCAUGAGUUUGAGCCCCGCCCGCAUUGGGCUCCACACUGAGCAUGGAGCCUGCUUAAGAUUGUCUCCCUCUUCCCCUUGUCCCCAUCCCUGCUCACACACACACUCGCUCUCUAAAAAAAAGGGGGCAGGGGAGACUUAAGUCAAGGCUAUCAAUGUUAAAGAACUAAACACUACAACCAAUACAGUGGCAGACUACAUAAACUUCUAGACCCAACUAUAUCCUGACUAUAAAAGGUGCACGUUAAAGACACUGAGAGGUAAAAAUUAAACAGAUGGGAAAAUAUAUACCAAAAAAUAUAUAAAUGAACACCAUGCAAAAGUUAAGCAUGAGACAACAAAGGGUAUUACCAGAAGUGAAAAAUGAUGUGCUGUCAUGAUAAAAGGUCUCAAUAAAUCUUCAUCAUCAUAAAUGUGUAUGUGCCUAGUAACAGCUGCAAAAUACAUGAAGCAAAAUUUGACAGAAUUAAGGAAACAGGCAAUUCUAAAAUCAUAAUUGGAGAUUUUAAUACCUCUUUCUCAGCAAUUGAUCGACCCACCCACACAUAGCAUACACACACUGAGCACCACAAUCAACCACUCUGACCUAGAUAAUAUUUAUAGAGCGCUGUCCUACAAUGGCAGGAUACACACUCUUUUGCAAUUAGACAAGAAAUACAUUUACCAUAUGCUAGACCAUUAAAAAAAAAACCAGUAAAUUUGAAAGAUUAAAAACAGAAAAUAUGUUCUAAGACCAUAAUGAAAUUAUAAACAAUAAAAAUAAGAUACCUAAGAAAAUUCCUAAGUAUUUGGAAAUUAAGCAAGCUACUUUCACAUAAUGCAUAGCUCAAAGAAGAAAUCACAGGCAAAAAAUUUUAUUGUUUUAAACUGAAUGUGAAAAUACAGUAUAUCAAACUUUUGGAAUGCAAUGCUAAAAGGGAAAUUUAUAGCUCUGAAUGCUUGUAUUAGAAAAGAAAAAUAUCUGUAUUCAAUGAUCUAAGGUUUCAACUUAAGAACUUAGAAAAAGGGCACCUGGCUGGCUCAGUUGGUAGAGCAUGCAGCUCUUGAUCUCAGGGUUGUAAGUUGGAGCUCCAGUUGGGGAAAAGAUCAACAAAAUUGAUUUCUUGACAUUAAGAAAAGAGAACCAGAAUACCAAUAUCAAACAUGAAAAAGGGGUUACCACUUCAGAUCCUAUGGAUAUUAAAAGGAUAAUAGAAUAUUAUGAGCAACUUUAUGCCAGUAAAUUUAUCAACUUAGAUGAAAUGAACAAACUCCUUGAAAAAUACAACUUACUGAAACUAACACAAUUUCUAUUAAAUUCAUUAUCAAUGAAUUUAUCUCAUAAAUUCAUAUCUCUCACACAAAAACGUUCAAGUCCAGAGUUUUACUGGCACUCUUGCAAGCAUUUAAGGAAAAAGGAGAGAACACUUCGGUAGUAAUACCGAACCUGGACAAAGCAAAGACCUUGCAAAGAAAAUUAUAAACUAAUACCCCUCAUGAGCAUAAUAAGAUGAGAAAUCCUUCACAAAAUAUUAGCAAAUCAAAUCGAGCCUUGUAUCUAAAGGUUAAUGCCCCAUGGCUAAGUACAGUUUGUCCCAGGAAUACAAGCUUGUUUUAAGACUGCAGAAUCCAUUAGCGUAAUUCACCACAUUAAUAUAAUAGAAAAACUGUGAUUAUUUCAGUCAGUAUAGAAAAGGCAUUUGAAAAUGCUUAACAUCCUUUUUCUGAUAAAAUUUUCAGCAAACUAGGAAUAGAAGGUAAUCUCAGUCCUAAUACAUGACAUUUAUUGAAAACUCAGCUGACGUACUUAAUGCCAAAAUAUUGAGCGCCUUCCCCUUGAGAUUAGGGGUAAGGCAGGAAUGCUCAUUCUCACCAUUUGUAUUCAAGAUCACUGUGGAGGUCCUACCAUUGAAUUAUGACAAGAAAUAGAAAUGAAUAGAUUGGAAAAGAAUUUGUUAAAACUGUCUUAGUUUGCAGUUGACAUGAUUGUUUAGACAGAAGAUCCUAAGGAAUUUAUAAAACAAUUACUAGUACUAAUAAGUGGAUUUAGCAAGGUUAUAGGAUAUUAGGUUAAUACACCAAACUCAGUUUGAUUUGUUAUGUACCAGCAGCAAAUCAUCAGAAAAUGAAAAUUUUUUAAAAUUUCUUUUCCUCAGCUAAGAUAGCAGAAGAGAUGAUUUAUUGUACACCUAUUACAUUCAGCCACAAAUGAAAACAGAAUUAGUCCUGAAAGUCACAAGUCCUGGGCAAAGGACCAAAAGGGACAGUUUUUGUGUGAGCAAGGUGGGUCUCUUAUAGGUCAUCAUGAUCAGAUGACUGAUCAUGGAUGGAUGAUGGAUGUUCUAGAUCCAUUGAAUCAUGCUCUAGAAAGUAGGCAUGCAGUCCAACAAAUUGUACCAGAAUCCCUGACCUCUGGCUUUCCUUAUUUCUGCUCCUGUGACUUCCAUGGGUGCACAUGCUAGUGGUUUACUUGUGGUUUUCUUUUCUGAAGCCUCAGCCUGCACAUUUGCUUCUUCCUCCACUUGGUUCUCAUGGUGCAGAGGUUUCCAAGAAGAUGGCGCUAGAGCUAAGGGAGACCAGAAAACAGAACUUUAAAACACAGCAUCAAAAGCAUAAGAUAGGAAUGAAUUUAACAAAAUAAUGUUCAGAUAAGUCCUCUGUACUCAAAACUGCAAAGAGAAGCUUACGAAUGGUCUGAGAGGAAAGCUAUGCUGUGUUUAUGGAUUGGAAGCCUCAUUAUUGUUAAGAUGUCAGUCCUACCCAGAUUCAUCUGUGGAUUCAAUUCAAAAUCCCAGAAGGAUUUUUUUUCUAUAGAAAUUGACAGGCUCAUUCUAAAAUGUCUAUGGAAAUACACACAACCUAGAAAAUCCAAAGCAAUUUUGAAAAAGAACAAAGUUGGAGGACUUGGAAUACUCACUUCAAGACAUUAUAAAGCUCCAGUAAUAAAGACGUUGUGGUACUUGCAAGGGAGUCAACAAAUAGAUCUAAGAUACAGAGAAUUCAGAAACAACUUACCACAAAUUUAGGGACUUAAAUCAACACUUUAGUUAUCUCACAGUUGUCAUGGAUCAGAAGUCUGGGCACAGGUUAGCUGAAGUAAAGUGUACCCUGGAAGUAGCAGGUGUGAGCAGGAUUGUGAUCUUAUCUCAAGACAGAGGGUUCUCUUCAUGGAUUGCUGGCAGAGUUCAAUUCCUGGAUGUUGUAGGGCCAGAUUCCCAUUUUCUUGCUUGCUGGCUGUGGGCUGGGGAUCAUACUCCGCUCAUAGUCUCAUAGCCCUCUCCUAACGUGGUAGCUUACUUCUUCAAAGCUAUCAGGAGAAUCUCUCUCCAGUCCACUACCAGAUCUUACAUAACAGAUAUAAACACAAGAGUGACUACUGUCCCAUCAUAUUCACAGGUUCUGCUCAUCUUGGGGGCAGGAGGAAGUAUUAUACAGGACCUAUACACCAGUCAGCAAGAGUCUUGGGAGCCAUCUUAGAAUUCUGCCUUCCACAGUCCCUACUUCACACAAUAUGCAAAAAUUAAUUUAAAAUGGAUCAGAGACCUGAAUAUAAAAACUAAAACUAUAAACUUUUAGAAGAAAGCACAGAAUAUCUUCAUGAAUUGGGGGCUUAGGCAAAAGUUUUUUACACCAUAGAAUGCACUAGCCAUAAAAUUAAAACUCGAUAAAUUA